GUGGCGCUGCGCUGGCCCGUUUGAGAUUCCCGCAUUUUAAUGUCUUCGGGGAGGUGCCAGAGCCCCCGGUUUGGCCGCCCUAGCCCCCGCCUCCCCGGUGCUGGGGAGCGGCUGCCCCGCCCCGCGCCCCUGCCGACAGAGUUAGCACGGCAGCAGCAUGAGCUGGUCACCUUCUCUGCCAACCCAAACAUGUGGGGCCUGGGAGAUGAAAGAACGACUUGGGACAGGGGGAUUUGGAAACGUGAUCCGCUGGCACAAUCAGGAAACAGGUGAGCAGAUUGCUAUCAAGCAGUGCCGGCAGGAGCUCAGCCCCCGGAAUCGAGAGCGGUGGUGCCUGGAGAUUCAGAUCAUGAGAAGGCUGAACCACCCCAAUGUGGUGGCUGCCCGGGAUGUCCCUGAGGGGAUGCAGAACUUGGCUCCCAAUGACCUGCCCCUGCUGGCCAUGGAGUACUGCCAAGGAGGAGAUCUCCGAAAGUACCUGAACCAGUUUGAGAACUGCUGUGGCCUGCGGGAAGGAGCCAUCCUCACCCUGCUGAGUGACAUCGCCUCUGCACUUAGAUACCUUCAUGAAAACAGAAUCAUACAUCGGGAUCUAAAGCCAGAAAACAUCGUCCUGCAGCAAGGAGAGCAAAGAUUAAUACACAAAAUUAUUGACCUAGGAUAUGCCAAGGAACUGGAUCAGGGCAGUCUUUGUACUUCCUUUGUGGGGACCCUGCAAUACCUGGCCCCGGAACUCCUGGAGCAGCAGAAGUACACGGUGACGGUGGAUUACUGGAGCUUUGGCACCUUGGCUUUUGAGUGCAUCACAGGCUUCCGACCUUUUCUCCCUAACUGGCAGCCCGUGCAGUGGCAUUCCAAAGUCCGGCAGAAGAGUGAGAUGGACAUUGUCGUCAGUGAGGACUUGAAUGGAGCGGUGAAGUUUUCAAGCUCCUUACCCUAUCCCAAUAAUCUGAACAGCAUCCUGGCACAGCGACUGGAGAAGUGGCUGCAGCUCAUGUUGAUGUGGCACCCACGGCAAAGGGGCACCGACCCUGUGUACGGGCCCAAUGGUUGCUUCAAGGCCCUGGAUGACAUCUUAAACCUAAAGCUGGUUCAUAUCUUGAACAUGGUCACAGGCAUCAUUCACACCUAUCCAGUGACUGAGGAUGAGAGCCUGCAGAACUUGAAGGCCCGAAUCCAGCAUGACACAGGAAUCCCCGAGAAGGACCAGGAGCUGCUGCAGGAAGCUGGGCUGGCACUGAUCCCUGACAAGCCCGCCGCUCAGUGCAUUUCAGACGGCAAGCUGAAUGAGGGCCGCACACUGGAUAUGGACCUUGUCUUUCUCUUUGACAACAGUAAAAUCGCCUAUGAGACUCAGAUCUCCCCACGGCCCCAACCUGAAAGUGUCAGCUGUAUUCUUCAAGAGCCCAAGAGGAACCUGUCUUUCUUCCAGCUGAGGAAAGUGUGGGGCCAGGUCUGGCACAGCAUCCAGACCCUGAAGGAAGACUGUAACCGGCUGCAGCAGGGACAGCGAGCUGCCAUGAUGAAUCUCCUUCGGAAUAAUAGCUGCCUCUCCAAGAUGAAGAAUUCUAUGGCUUCCAUGUCUCAGCAGCUCAAAGCCAAAUUGGAUUUCUUUAAAACCAGCAUCCAGAUUGACUUGGAGAAGUACAGUGAGCAAACUGAGUUUGGAAUCACAUCAGAUAAACUUCUGCUGGCCUGGAGGGAAAUGGAACAGGCCGUGGAGCUCUGUGGGCGGGAGAAUGAAGUGAAGCACCUGGUGGAACGCAUGAUGGCACUGCAGACGGACAUCGUGGACCUGCAGAGGAGCCCGAUGGGGCGGAAGCAGGGGGGGACGCUGGAUGACCUAGAAGAGCAGGCGAGGGAGCUUUAUAGGAGGCUUCGGGAAAAGCCCAGAGACCAGCGAACUGAUGGCGACAGUCAGGAGAUGGUCCGGCUGCUCCUGCAGGCCAUCCAAGGUUUUGAGAAGAAAGUGCGAAUGAUUUAUACGCAGCUCAGUAAAACUGUGGUUUGUAAGCAGAAGGCUCUGGAACUGUUGCCCAAGGUGGAAGAAGUGGUGAGUUUAAUGAACGAAGAUGAGAAGACUGUUGUCCGGCUUCAGGAGAAGCGGCAGAAGGAGCUCUGGAACCUCCUGAAGAUUGCUUGUAGCAAAGUCCGUGGUCCUGUCAGCGGCAGCCCAGACAGCAUGAAUGCCUCUCGCCUUAGUCACUCUGGUCAGCUGCUGGCUCAGCCUUCACCAGCCCCCAGCAGCUUGCCCGAGGCCAUCAAGAAAAGUGAAGAACUGGUGGCUGAAGCACAUACUCUCUGCACCCAGCUAGAAAAUGCAAUGCAAGACACCAUCAAAGAACAGGACCAGAGUUUGAGGUCUCUAGACUGGAGCUGGUUACAGACGGAAGAAGAGCAGAAUAGCCUGGAACAGGCCUCUUGACUGUGUGGGUGGCCUUGACCUGAGGCCUGAUGGGGCUGCCUGGCCUGAGGCCCUCCCGCGGUGGCCCCUGCUAUAACAGUGUCCCAGGAGUCUUCAGCACCUGGACAAAGAUCUUCUCACUUCCCCAGGAGUUGUGACAUUUACAACAGGCCAGGGGUGUGGCCCUCUGUGGGCACUACCAGCAACUUGUCUGCACACUGGAAGUCCUCCAUCACAGAGGUUCAGCAAACACUGAUGCCAGGCGUGAGCAUUUGGGGAGACCAAGCCACUUCCUCUGCUCCAAAAAAAUGCUCAAAGUACUUGCCCCACAGACCACUGGACAACUGUCACGUGAUUCUUUCAGGACAAAGUAUGCAAGACACUCGAUGUCAGUCUGUCCUCUCCUGAGCCCUCCUGAUGUCCAGAGGCCCUGAUCCACCUGUCCUCACAACUAGUGUUUCACCUGGACUCGGAACCAGACAGACUUUUAGAUCAUAGACUCGGCCUGGCCCCAUCCUUUCUCUUCAUCUUUUCAUUUCACUGCUGCUAAAAUUUCCCUUUUCCUGACUACGUUGGUGGUUGUGCACCUUCAGCAAGGUUAUAGGUGAAUACCAGCUCUCCUCAUCCAUGGUCCUUUCAGACACAGAGUGACUCGCUAGAGCCAGGGCAGGAGAGCAGCUUCCUUCCUUCAGGUUCCAGAUUCCACCAAGGAGUGUGUCAUUGUGGGGAAGGAAAAGAAAAGGGUAUCUGUCGGCCCCAUGUCUGCUGAUCACUGUACCCACACUUGUCCUUGCUCAGACACAUCUGUGUGGGGUGGUGGUGGGACAGGGGAGUUCCUGCUUCUCGUAUCAGCUAGCAGUAUUAUUAAAUCGAUUUAUUUAAAAAAAUAGUUUCUAUAUUUUGUAACAUAACUCAAACAUUUGUAUUGGGUUCCACAAUCUAUUUUUACAAUAUUUAUGUUUAGGAUUUAGGAACUCAAAAACCAACUUAAUGGAACGUGUCAUAAAAUGGAAUAGUACAUGGAUCAGAUGGUGCCGUAUAGCACUAGCACUGCUUCUUUGACAUUUUACAACUUCUUUAUAUUAAAUCAGGAAUACAAAACGAGUUCAGAUGAUCACAAAUAGGCAAGUUUGGUCAGAAAUAAGUUGGAAUAGGAGAGUUUCACAAACUGGCUUCCAUGAAAACCAUACAAAGGGUUUCAUGGCCAAGCAAGUUUAGGAAAUGCCUCAUGCUUUAAUUCUCUUGGAGAUUCACAUUGUACCCUAGCAUAUUAAAGUUUCUGAGAGUCCUGUAGUAAACUGACUUCACUGUAUAAAUCUGUUUACCAAACACAUUUGACAACAGAGCCUUUCCCCCCACCCCUUGUGUGAACGUAACAUUUUUUAACAUCCCAAAGAGCUAGAGUUGGAUACAGCAUGAUUUUGGAAACACUGGUGAGGAGCACAGUGGGAAAGAAGUCCAGAAAGACAGGCUGGGAUGAGGCCAGAUUGGGGAGGGAAGGAAUGUUGGCCUAAGGGUUAUGGACCUACAGGCAGCCAGGAGUCACUGAAGAAUUUUGAGUAAGAAAAUGACAUCACCAAAGCAAUGGCUUAAAAUGACUAACGUAACGGGUAUAUGCUACUUGAUUAAAAAAGUGAGGUCUGGAGGUAGGACUUCUGCUUCCAAGAUGAUGAAAUAGAUGUACUUUCCCCAGUCUUUCCUUUAAGCAUAACUAAAAUCCUUCACCGUUGUCUAUAAACAAGUAUAAGAAGUCGCUGAAAGGUAGAAGGCGGCAGACCAGCUAGGGACCUUGGACCUGAGGAGUGAGGUGGUGGUGAGUUCCCUGGGUUUUCCUUUUGCCUUAUCAGUCCCCAAUUGGGUGUGGGAAAACUAACAGCAGGCACAACUGAAGAGCCUGCUCCCUCUAGUGGUACUAGGUUCCCAGGGCUGCUGUAACAAAUUCUACCCACCGCAGAGCUUUAAGCAACAGAAAUCUGUUCUCACAGUUGUAGGCUAGAAUCAAAGUGCUGACAGGACAGCACUUCCUCCAAAGACUGCAGAGAGAGUCUUUCCUUUGCUUCCUCUGGCUUCUGAUGAGUCCAGGUGAUCCUACACUUGUGGCUACAUCUCUGCCUUCAUGGUCAUAUUGCCACUUCGUCUUCUACCCGUCAAAUCUCCCCUGUGAGCCUAUUAUUAGAACCCUUGUGACUGAAUUUAGGGCUGGUCUGGAUAAUCUAGGAUAAGCUCCUCUCCUCGAGACCCUUAAUGUAAUGACAUGCUUUGCCAUGUACGGCAAUAUUCACAGAUUCUGGGUUUAAGAUCCAUGUUUCUUUCAGCGGGGACCACCAUAUAACCCAGUACAAUCCACCACCUAGCCCCUCAAAAUCCAUACUCCUCUCCUAUGUAAAAUAUUCACCCCAUCUCAACAUCCCCAAAAGUCUCAACCCAUUACAGAACCAACUCCAUGACCAAAAUCUAAAUGUCAACUCAGAAGUCCUGAAUUUCAUUAUCUACAGCUCAUUUGGGGAGACUUGGCAUGAUCAUCCUGAGUCAAAAAUCUUCCAUCUAUGGAUCUGUGAAACCAGAAAACAAGUUACCAUUACAGCUCCCAAGAUACAAAGGUGAGAUAUGCAUAUAAUAGAUACUCCCAAUCUAGAAGAAUGAAGGAGUCACCAGUCCCAAGCAAGCUUAAAAUCCAGCUAGGUAAAUUUCAUUAGGUUUCAAGUCUUGAGAAUCCUCUGUCACUUGCGGCUCUGCCCAUGGGGCCCAAGCCAACUUCAUGGCUUCUUGAGUCUGUGCCUGCAGUGACUCAUAGGCAUCCGCUUCUGUGCCUGCUCCUCUAGCCUCUGCCUUUGUAUCCAAGUGUGUGCCCUCAGAAUCAUUCUUUUUCUUGAAGGCUAGCAUAUGUUAAAACUGAGUGACUCUAUCAACCAUUCCCAGCCUGCAGAGUUUUGGAAGUCUAACAGACAUCUCUUCAUCUUCUCUCUACCCCUCUUAGUCCGACCUGAUUUCUGUGCUAUUCUCAAAAAGAUUUUGCAGGUCUCCUGUGUAUGUUCUGAGAGUCCAUACCAUUAGAUAAAAGGUCCACAGAUCUUUCUUAGGCAACCCCAUCACUAUUCCUGGGUUCUGCUGAGAUGAUUGGGUCUAUAAGUCACACACAUACUCUUUUCAGUGAAAGGUUGUCUGGUUGCCUCUUUGGUCUGCUCUUCAGAGGAUGCUUUCCCAAUAGUGAAUUUCUUAAUUUUAGCACCCUUUGCAAUCUGGAUAGGCUGAAAACCUUGAAAAUCAUCAAGUGCUGUUUUUUUUCUUCUUCUAGACCUUUCUUCAUUUCCUUCAUUUUGUAUUUUACUGUAAGUUGCAAUGAGAAAUCAGGCUACACCUUCAACACUUUGCUUGGAAAUCUAAGCAGCUAAACAUCCAGGUUCAUUGCCUACAAGUUUUGCUUUCCACAUAAUGGCAAACCAUAAUUCAGCUAAGUAACAUACAUAUUUCUACCAACAUUCUAUUGAUGAUGAUAUAUGUAUUCUCGAAAAUGAUAGAAGCUUUAUCUACCAUGCU